UCAAAUUAGUAGGUAAAUUACGUCGCAGUUGUUCAGUGGAUUAUUUACCGUUUCAGUUUUCAAUUUAUUCUCGCGUAAUAUACAUCCCAACAAGGUGAGAUAAAAAGUUAAAUUUCGUUUUAUACAUAACAACGAAUAAGUGCUAUUCAUCGAAGUUAUAAAGAAUUCAACAUUAGCUUUCUUACGAAAAAAAAUCAAAACAUUCGAAGAUGUCGGUGGGAUGGGGCGGUCUGCCUCUCCUCCCACUCAGAUGCGUGCUGGAUCAUCUGAGCACGGAGGACUCACUUGCUGCACUGUCCACCUGCCGCCACUGGCGUAGUGCUGUCCUGUUAUAUGAAGGACGAAAGGACACACUGAAGCUUCGGGUGAAGCAUCUAGAAAAGAACCUUUUCCUGACCCGGCUUUUCAGGAAGUACACGAGGAAACUGCACAUUUACAUCGACAGCUGCGGGGAGGAACUGGACAACUUUAUGAACUAUGUGCUGCCGCAGUUUUUUGACACGCAAAAGUUACAAGAGCUGGUGUUCAUCGGGCCGACCUAUAUUCUACAGAGCCCUAAUACACCAGUCGCGAAACUAAAUCGAAUAAUUACCGAGAGCUUAAUGUUCAAAAAUAUGCACUGCUUGCAAAAGCUGUCUCUACUGGGUUGUGAAAUGGGAACGGUGAAGAACGAGAACGGUAGAUAUACACACAAAAAUGUGGAGUAUUAUUCGAGGCCGCUGUCCUUCAACUCGAUACCUUCGCCCAACGACACCGUCCUGUCCCGUUGUAACGCCGGUAUGAUGACGUUCUUUACAUUGCAACAAAUAGUUCUAGAUUACGAUCGAAUGAGUACGGAAACUCUAGAGACGCUUUCCGAACUGAGUCAAAUGUCAAAAUUGACUCUAAACAUCGGGCUCCGGCGACCUCUGGCGUUGCCCACAAUAGACUGGCGCCGCGCGAACAGGAAUCUACGGGUGGCUUUAAAUGUUAUAUCUGCACCACAGAAACUGUUCAAUGAACUCAUGGAUAAAGUUCUCAUAGCAGAACUACCGUUAGCUUCUUUGAAAGUCAUGUUUUGUAAAACUCUUCACGCGGACGUGCUACAACGGGUGGUGCGGUUGUACAAGGAGACGCUACGGGAGCUGGUGUGGGCGGACGCGCCCUACGACUCCGCGGACAUGUUCCACCGGAUCAUCAAGCAGCAGAGGGACGCCGAUAUGAUCACCAUGUGUAAUGUGAACCCACUGAUAUUGCUGUGCUGGCAGUGUACACAUCUACAAAGGCUUGUAAUUCACGGCUAUUGGGUGUGGCAGUACGAUCUCCUGGGUUUCGUCCGCCUCCGCAAGUCACUGGAGGAGCUGGAAAUCUCCGCGAUUUACAACAAACAGACCCGCUUCAGCUCCGCGAUAUGCAGCGACAACGUCGUGCGCGUUCUGGCCAGGGACACGCAGAAACCUCUCGACACUGAAUUCGUGCAGCAAGUGAACUUGUUCACGGAGUUCUCGUGGUCGCCGGUGUCGUGGGAGCACUUGCACCCCGCCCUACGUCCGCGCCCCUCAGCUGAGCACCGCGCCGACUACGUCUUGCAAGAAGUCAACCGCACGUUCUAAGAAAUACAAAUGAAGUCAUCGACGCCUGUGAAGAGUGAACGACUUCCAUCAUACAAAGUUACCUGCAACAAACGACGUUAACUCGUGAGACAUUUCAACGUUAUUCCAAAAAUAUAUUUAUACACCUUUACAAAAAUAAUAUCUCAAAAUGCUUUUAAAUCUCGUUAAGGAUUUGUUAAAUAUUAUAAUUUUAAAUAUAUAUACAUUAAAGACGAUUCGGUUAUACGCAAAUCUUUAAGCUAAAAUAAUGUGACAGGUGUACAAAAUGUCUUAUCUUUUUUCCACAAAACCAUUUUGAAAAGGUGGGUACAAUACCUGUCAAUUUAGUUUCAUUUAGAGGCUUCAGUACAACUGAAUUUGCUCGAGUGGUGUUGUACACAAACUCUAAACGAGACUAGAUUGACUAUUGUAAAAAGUAGUGCUGUCCCUUUCAUAAUUGUGUUCCAAUGUGUAUAGCACUAUUUUAGAUCAUCAUUUUAGUUUCGUUAAAAGAUUUAUGUACAACAGAAUUGUCACCAUUAUCUAGUUUUAUGUUUUCAAGUAUAUUAGAUCUAUCUCACGAAGACCUUAUUCAAGUUUACUGCGAAUGCUUUAAAACAAGAAAAAUAUUUAAAAGUGUGCGUAAGCUCGGGAUCAAUUCUUUUGACGUAAGGUUUGGGCUUACGGUCUAUUUUUCCUUGUCUCAUAAUGUGAACAAUAUAUUUGCUACUUUUUAGCGUAGAGUUUAUUUAUUUAUAUUAACCGCAUAAAUUAUGAAUGCUUCGUUCUAAUUCAUAUAACUUGAGGCUCAUAAUUAACUCAAUCGAGAUAUUUAAAACUUUUAUGAAAAUAAAAAACCAUACAUUAAGAAAAUCUCUUGUAUAUUGUGAUUUUUGGAAGCAGUGAUAGCCCAGAGCAGGGUAGGACUUCGACUUCACUUUCGGGGGGGCGAGUUCGCCCA